AUGACUGAGAACCUUCCUCCUGAAGUCGUUAAAAUCCAAGAGAGAGUAUAUCCAACUCUCUUGAAGGGACUCACAAUUGUUUGCAAGAACAAACCAGAAGAUCCAAUCCGCGAACUUGCAAAAUGGCUUAUUGAAAAUAACCCAUACCGCCCAAGAAACAGCGCUCCACCAACAAGACCCAUGACUGCGACAGAGUAA